AUCACCUAUCCGACUUAUAAUAUACAAUUCGGAUUAUCGCAAUCAAAACAAUUAAGAAUAUCCAUGGCUUUCUAACAAGCUGUGAGGAAGUGACCGUCCGAGGACGCGACCAAAAGGCCAUCAGAAAAAGAAAAAAAACGUCGGAACUCAUUCAAACCGGCGACAUGAGUCCGGUGAACAGUCUGUGGUUCAAAUGGAAAGCUCUUAAGCUUCCAUGGAGGAGAUCCUGGGUAGUCGGCCAGGAUCUAUCAGGUAAUACGUUCUGGGAAUUCCGCGAUGCCAUAAACACCAACCGCUUACGCCGUAUCGUCAAAUAUAACAAUAAGACUCACUAUGGGGACGUGAAAAUCACUCCACAAUGGCAUCAAUGGCUCCGAUAUGUCCGUCAAGAACCCCCCAGCCUCGAAGAACAGAGAAGAGAUAUCAUGCGACAAAUUCAGAUUAAGAAACUUGCGCAAAUUGCAGACGAGAAAUGGGCAGCUAAACCGUCGUAUCUCGAUAAACCUCAAACCAAGCAGACUAGCCCUGCUACGCGAACGAGUGAUAAGACAUUGCAUCCUACGAAAACAUCAGAUCCGAGAUCUGAGCGGCAACCCGGAGUUAUGAAUCAGGUACAGGGGCAGGAGCAAAUUCAGCAAGAUGCUAGUCAAAAGAAAACCAAGGCUCUUUCGAGAAACGUCCCGACAGGUCCGGGAGAGAAGUGGCAGCCCGAGGCGUGGACACCAGACGCAACUCGAAGAUAAAGAAGCUAUCAUUGAUAUGGAAGUCAGAACCAAACCGGAAGUCCCCGGCGUUAAGACUAUACUCUCACCAAAACAUUGCGGAACGGGCGAGAAGACGAGCAGAAAACCGGGCCGUCUUUUUAGCGAACGGCAUUGCAGUGUAUACUUUUCUCUGCACAUACCUAUUGUUACUGACAGACGAAAGUCACACCCUUGGCAGUAUAUGUAAUCUAGUUGUAAAUCAAAAUUUUCGAUAUCAAUCCGGAAAAGGAAGGGGGAUAUGCGGUUUUAUGUAUAACAACUUGGAAACAGUCAUCUCAUUACAAUGGACCUUUCU